CUGGCCGUCGUUGUCAAACUAGGUUUCAGAGAUGUGCUGGCGUGAGUUCGGAGUCAGCGGUGAAAACUAAGCAAAUGGGUGCUUUCUUGGACAAGCCAAAGAUGGAGAAGUAUAAUGCCCAUGGGGAGGGAAAUGGCGUAUGUUAUGGCCUUAGCAGUAUGCAGGGCUGGCGGGUAGAGAUGGAGGAUGCACACACUGCUGUUGUUGGCCUACCUCAUGGCCUUGGCUCAUGGUCAUUCUUUGCCGUUUAUGAUGGACAUGCAGGCUCUCAGGUGGCUCGCUACUGUUGUGAACACCUCUUGGAGCACAUCACCAGCAACCCUGACUUCAGGGGUGGGGGCCCGGGCGGAGGCGGUGAAGAUGGGUCAGAAGCUGCAGUCAGUCCGCCUGAGCCCUCGGUGGAGAGUGUUAAGAACGGCAUUCGCACAGGCUUCCUGCAGAUCGAUGAGCACAUGCGGGCGAUUUCAGAACGCAAGCACAGCUCCGACCGCAGUGGCUCCACGGCCGUGGGCAUCAUGGUCUCACCAAGCCACUUUUACUUCAUCAACUGUGGUGACUCUCGGGCACUGCUGAGCCGGGGAGGGCGGGUUCACUUCUUCACCCAGGACCACAAGCCCAGUAACCCUCUGGAGAAGGAGAGGAUUCAGAACGCAGGUGGAGCUGUCAUGAUUCAGCGGGUUAAUGGCUCUCUGGCUGUGUCUCGCGCCCUUGGAGACUUUGACUAUAAAUGUGUACAUGGCAAGGGCCCCACAGAGCAGCUGGUGUCCCCUGAGCCAGAGGUUUAUGAGAUUGAGAGGGUGGAUGCGGAAGAUGAGUUUGUAGUGCUAGCCUGUGAUGGCAUCUGGGAUGUCAUGACCAAUGAGGAACUAUGUGAUUUUGUGCGCUCACGGCUGGAGGUGACUGAGGACCUGGAGAGGGUGUGUAAUGACAUAGUGGACACCUGUUUGUACAAGGGUAGCCGUGACAACAUGAGCGUGAUACUGGUAUGUUUUCCAGGUGCACCUAAGAUCAACCCGGAAGCUGUGAAAAGAGAGGCGGAGCUGGAUAAGUACCUGCAGAACAGAGUAGAAGAGCUCAUUCAGAAGCAGGGUGUGGAGAGCAUUCCAGACUUAGCCCAUGUGAUGUGUGUGUUAGCCACGGAGAGCAUCCCGAACCUCCCACCGGGGGGAGAGCUGGCUAGCAAACGCAACGUUGUGGAGGAAAUGUACAAUAAACUCAACCCCUACCAAAGUGACAGCACAGUGAGUACCUCCAAGGCCAGUUCAUCGGCUUCAGCGCAGGACAAAUAAAUAUCUGCCUAUAUUUUGCACUUUUGGUGGUUUGUUUUUAUUUUGUUUUUUUUUAUCAUGGCAUUCAGUAAUAACUAUUUGCCAACAUCACAAAGGGAUCUAAUAGAAUAUAGUUGUUUCAGGAUGUAGUUGCUUGAAUGUAAUCGCUAGUAUUGUCAUUUUAAUCAUUAUCAUCAUCAUAAUUAGCUAGCAGUGCUUUUAUCAGAGGAGCUUUCCCUAAAUGUUUACAGUUUGCCAUCCAUUCAGUCAUAUUUUAUUGAGAGAUUUGUUAAUGUAAUGCUGCACUACAUUUGGGAAGCGUAAUUUGAAAUUGUGCCUAGAAUAUAAUAAUAAUAAUAAUAAUAAUAAUAAUAAUAAUAAUAAUAAUAAUAGAAAUUCUAUAUAGAAAAUGUUGCCAAAGAAAUUAUCUUAACGUCAGUCCUUUGUCCUAAAUGUUUACUGUUGCCUCUAGUGCCCAGUUUUCCUGCUCUAACGCAUAAUGAUUUAACAGUAAGCCAGAGAAAAGCAUGGGUUAGUGAUCACAAAAUGUACUAAAUGUAUUAGUACAGAAAACCCAAUAAAUGUUGUGCAUUGUAAGCUUCCCCUGCAAUAAGCCUGUCUAUUCAAAAUGUCAAUCACUAAAUCCUUUAUGCUUACUGCUGGCCACACAUAACCAGCCAUUCACAAGCAUACCCAGAACUUACUGCUCUUAACCAUGCUUUUUCAGUGUGGAGCCACCAACUGGGGCAAUGUAUGUGGAUCCUCCAGGCUCUAAGCAGGACCCCUUAACCCUUCCUUCCUCACAUCUUUUGAUGAAGAAAAUUCCAUAUUGACUCAUGAAACAAUAACUCCGGGGACAUCCAGUUUUAAACUCAGAUAAUUGACCAGUCCAUCAAGACAGACUGCUACCUCUAACCAUGCACCUCACGCACUGCCUUAAAUGCUGUCAGUUGCAAAGAUAGUAAAAUAUAUACAAGAUCAAGAAAGAGGACAGUGGAAGAAGAGGCAACUUAUAAACACAAACACCAGCUGGGUAGCUACUAUGUCUUUUUAUCUACCUGAGAAACUUUAAUUUAGCCUUAGCCAUAAUGAGUAUUUCCUGUUGGUUCCAUCUAUUUUGGUGGAGUUAUUUUCUGGAAAUUAGUGGUGGAGAUGGUGUUUUCUGUUUUUGUGGUUAUGGUGAGGGGAAUAUAAAAUGGUUAAUGCUGCUGUAAGUGAUUUUAUUCUUACAACACUAGUUAACUGCAGUUACAUCCUGAUGGAUAUCACUAAAAUUGUUCCUUUGAGAAUAUAAAAUGUCACUGUGACUGCCUUCUGGCUCAACAAUCAACAGGUAAAAAGUUCAGACAUGGUCUGGUAUUAACCAGCUGGACCGGGAGACUUCUUCAUGGAGGCAGUCCUACCGGCCUGUCACUUUUGGGGUUUAUGUGCACACACCACGUAGAAUUGAAGGCUAACUGCAUGGCUAUAGAGGGAGAGGCUUCGGAGAAAGGUUUGGACAGAUCAAAGGAGAUUGGGUUUGAAGGGGGCUGGUACAUCUUUGGUGCCUAAAUUUGGCAAAAAUUAUCAAGAACAGUAAAAUCAAUUACAGCAGCUCUAAAUGGGAGCUCCUGGACACGGUUGCUACCUUGCCAGCAUUUGAUUCUUAAUAACAUAGUAUGCACUGAAUCUACUAAACCCUUUUUUUGUUUAUUUUCCAUUGUUUGAUGAAUAGUAUAGCCAUGAACAUUAUGCUGCAUAAGCAUUUAAAUACUGUAAUUAAUCUCUUGGAUUAUCCCUCCCUUUAAGGAGGAGUGUUUAGUCUGUGAUCUGUGUUUGCUAGGGGGUCCUUGGAGUCCAUAAACUUGAGCAAAUAUUUGACCCCAUGCUGAAAGCAAUUCUGUAUAGUUCUUGUUCAUGUAAAUAUGACUUUGCAUUAUUGAAUUGGCUUUCUGAUCCUGUGUGUGGAUGUUAAUGAGAAAUCCCCUCACUCGUGUAUAACAGUUCCCAUUGCAUGCUGUAAAUACAGUGAGACGUAUGUGUGUUGGGACAGUGAAGUGAAAAUGGUUAUGUUUGGUGCUCAUUCGCAGUUUUUAUUUCUGGGUAAUCAGAUUAGAGAAAUGUAAAAAUACAGGUUUUUAAUCUUGCCCGUUUUAGCUGUUUUGUUUUUGUUUUUUUAAUGUUUUUCCAAUUUUACUUUACUGUCCCAAUAUUUUUGCUUUUCAUUGUAUGUUUAUUUUAAAGUUUUUCUGUAUAAAAGUCUAGGUGUUUGAGGACUUGUAGGAAAUUUAUAUUCAUUUAACCUUCUUAUUUAAAAUAACUGACUCCUUUCUCUUCAGUGUGAUGCAACAGUUCCUCCUGUUAGAGCAUAAAUGUGAGUAAAUCAAAGUCAUUUAAAAGGGAGGGAACCUGAUGCAGUGCCAGAUACAGGCAUAAUAUAACAGUAUAUUACCUCCCCAUACAAGUGCUGCUGUCAAGAAAAGAGCAAGCAUUUGUCAACACAAUUACUAACUGUCUACUCUUUAUGAAAUUUCUACCUCUCAAAUUGUCUCUAUGUUCUUAUUUUGUCAGCAUUCUUGGUUUACUAAAUGCAAAUCUUUUGGUUGAUGUCUUUUUAAACAAACAAGCAGUUUUCUAAAUGUUCAGUAAACAGCAGUGUCACUGGUUGUACUUGCUAGUGCAUUUGUUGCUGACUCUUAUUUGACAAUGAUAUAAAUUAUGCAGGUGAGAAUUGGUCAGAUGGAAGAGACACAAGGAUCAUACUGAGUCUGUUUACUUACCCUUUGCUUUGAACAUCAAAGGAAGGAACUUUGACUCACAGUGGAUAAAACAAGCUCAGCUUCCCUUUGAGUGUUUGUCAAAGAUGUACAACCCUAAUUGACACUGACAGUGUUCUUCACACUGCCUAAUAAUGUAUGGGCUCCAACUGCUUAUUGGGGGAAAAAUAGCAGUCAUAAAUGUAUUUGACUUCUUGUAAAUAUACAGGUAUUAGGCCAAUCAGCAUGUAUAACUAUAUGCAGAUUUUUCACUUAAUUUUCAGCAUUUGGUUGCACAUAUUUUAUGAGUAAAAUGUCCUACAGUAAUUCAUUAGAUGGGGUAAAUAACUCUUGCUUUCUGUCUUCCUUUUGAACUAAUUUCAGUGCACUACAAUCUUCAGUAUAUCUGUGUAAAGUACUUUAUGAGCACAACUGCUCCCCAGUGCACAUGCCACCUGAAACAGUGAUCUCAGUAGACAUGUAUUUAUCAAAUGGAAUUGUGAUUGCAUUUUGGUACACUUAUGCAGUAUAUCUGUGUGGAUGUGUUUAAUGGAAAUGAAUAUUGGGUGAAGAAUUUAUAUAAUUAACAGCAUGACAUUUAUUUAAAUACAUAAAUCUUUCUCUUCUAUGUAUUUGGCUGUUUGCUUUCAUAAUUAUUCCUGUAUACAAAUACAUAAGGUUUCUUGCUAAGUAGUGUGUCACGAUUAUAAAUGGACAAUAGAAAAGGAGUUUGCAG